UUGCAGCGUUGGGUUGGCCGCGCGUGGCUGCUGCUGCUGCGGCUGCUGCUGAUGAGAGGAAGCUCCCAGCAGAGAUCCAGGCUGCAGCCUAAAAAACAAUAACCCUCCACCUCUGAGCUGUCGCCUGUCAGUUUGGCAGCCCCUUUCUUUUUGUGUUUUUUUGUAUACUUUUAUUUAUUUAUUUUUACUCUAAAUGAGAGCAGAACUGGGAAACAAAAGGAGUGACUGUAAAGUGCGGCAAAGACGCGCGCAGGUCCAUUUGGCUGAAGUCAAGAUGCGUAAAUGGCUCCCGUCGCAGCGUGCAGCCUCCAAGUGAGGAUCCUGACCCCUGGGAAGUUAAAGACGCGCUUUGGGAUGUUGUGAAAGACACUCGGAGCAGAAGGGGACGCAACACAGGAAGAGAGGGGACCCGGCGGCUGGACGGGUACAGGAGGGAUUAUGGCUCCCGUACCGUUUUUUCUCAGCCUGAUCACGCUGGCGCUUUUAAACUCGCACCUUUCCAGAGCCAGCAACCGGCAUGCGGUUUAUUGGAACAGCUCGAACCCGCUGCUUCGGAGGGAGGGCUACACCGUGCAGGUCAGUGUCAACGACUACCUGGACAUCUACUGCCCGCACUACAACAGCAGUCAGCGCGGGACGCUGGAGCGCGUCGUCGCCGAGCAGUACAUCCUCUACAUGGUCAACUACCGCGGCUACUACACCUGCGACCCCCAGCUGGGCUUCAAGCGCUGGGAGUGCAARCGGCCCCACGCGCCCCACGCGCCCAUCAAGUUUUCGGAGAAGUUCCAGCGCUACAGCGCCUUCUCUCUGGGCUACGAGUUCAACGUGGGCCAGGAGUACUACUACAUCUCCACACCCAUCCAUCACCACGGCCACAGCUGCCUGAGACUGAGGAUCUUCGUCUGCUGCUCCACUGCCUCCCAGGCAGAUGACGACUCCAGUCAGACUUCUCCCGACUACACAGUCAGGCCAAACAUCAAGAUACACAACAUUGAUGAGUUUAACCCCGAAGUUCCCAAGCUGGAGAAAAGCGUGAGUGGCAGCAGCCCAUCCCGCGACCGCCUUCUUCUCACUGUGGCCAUGCUGCUCGUGUCCGCCGUCCUUUUGUCCUAGCGACCGUCACGGAGUGGUGACUGCCUCGUCCAAAGGGCUUUGCAAUCCACCAAGUUUUCGAUGAGGUGAAAGUUCAAGGAGUUUGAGGAGUUCGACUCGAGUGCAACAGAUACAACUCGAAGACAAAGAGGAAAAAGAAAUAAAUUUUAAAAAAGAGGCCUUUUCGCUGUCGUCAACACCUGCGCGUGCUGACUGUUGCUGGACGUCGUUAUCACGACGUGUCAUGCAGGUGUGGUGACCACGCAGACAUCYCAACCAACAUUCAGAGUCAGACUUUGGUGCUGCUCCCCCGACUGAUAUGAACCCCGAUCUUCACACUCUUUUUGUAGCAUGGAUAGAUAAAAAAAACACUUUGUCACCUGAUGAAAGCAAAGAUUUUGUAAGGUCGAGCUUUGAAGAAGAUGGCAGCUCUGAACUCUGCAGUGGAUUCUUUUUUUUUUUCUCCCCAUUUUUUUAAAGGACCCAGCAUGGCGACACAUUAAACCCAACUUUGAUGUAAAAGUAAGAUGGACUCUGGAACUGUACCGGGGCAUCUACAUAAUGAGGGAAUAAUAAGAACUGCUGCCAUUGUCCGGGACAUUGUAGAAUGUUUUCACACUGGUGUGUGGUAGCUGCUGGUAAUAAAAGCCCAAGAAAAAGGGUAAUAAUUUGUAUCUGUGGGCCUUUCAAUAAUCCAUUUUCUCCAGACAUCAAAAAUACCCCUGGCUUUGUGAUAGCUGCUUUCCUUAGAGGGUAGUGAGUGCCCUCUCAGAACUAGUCUUUUGUCUGCAUUUCCUGCCUUCACACUGUAACAACCCUAGAAAAAUACAGACCCUGGACUAGUAAUUUGACGGCACUUAGACGCAGUAGACGUGUGUUUUGUUCCAGUGCAUUUACCUUUGUAGAUUUUUCCAGAUGUCAAACUUCUUAAGAAGAAAAAAAAAAAAAGAAAAAAGACAACAGUACUGCUCGCAGCAAUCAGCAGUCAUUCAAAUACGCCUCUAAUUUGCGAUUGUUCAAAACCUCCGUCAGCAGCAAAGUACCCCCACUCCACCACCAUGUUCUUUAAAAAAAAUACUCAGACAACCAUGUCUGUUCCUUAUUUCCAUUUCGCAGGUCCGCAGCCAAUCAGGGCUGAUGGCCGUCGCAGCAGUCACCGUUACCAUGGAUAAGACCCCAUACAGUCGCCAAAGUGCGGCAGGUGCCUGAGGAGAAAUUAUGCUUUGAGUCUCAAAGUAACGCUGCCGCCAUUUUGUUAAAAAGUUCCAAAAAAUAUAAAAAAUAAUAAAAUAAAAAAGAAACUAAUAAAAACAAACACGCGUGAAUGUGAAAAACAACGAGUUCACUUUUUUUAUAUCGUAACCCGACACAUUGUAGGCAAGCGUUAAUUAAAAUACAAUGUUGUGCUUUCUAAUUUAUUUUCCAAUGUUUUUUUAUUUAAACAUUAAAAGUAUUUAUCUACCUUAUUUAUUAUUGUGCAUUCGUAGGCCUUUGCUCUAUAAGCUAUUGUGCCAUUAUUUUUUAAAUAUUUCUUUUCCAAACGGUGGAGUUUUUACRGCAGCAUUUCGCUCGUUUAGACAAYUAGAAGUGAUUCAGCUCGUCACGAGGAGGUGGUUGUUCUGACCAYUCAGAAGGGAGAUACAGUCAGUGACCACAGACAUGUAAAAGAUAAUAAUGUUGAUGAACCACAAAUAAAGCUGGUGUAGUUGGGCAAAACCAGGAAGUCUGCACUGUAAUGUAUAUAUGCUGGUUAUGGAAUGUGUAUGGGUGUGCACAAAAAACAAAAAGAGUGUUUUUAUGAGUGUGUGUGUUUGUUGGAGUGAACGAGUACAUGUGUGUGUGGGAAGUAUUUGUCCGCGCUUUUCAAGUUUGUGGCAUUUAGAGAAUUUUUGUACUCGUUAUGGAGGCAUUUGUAGAAUCUGAAUAUGCAAGAGUGAACGAGAGAAUGUGCUCUUCUGUCAUGUUUGUUUUUGUUUUUUUGUUUUUUUUUUUAAGAAAAGGGGGAUCGGAGGUGAGAACAAUAAGCAUUUACCAAUAUUUAAGAGAACCACAAGAUGUGUUUACCUUUGACAUGAAUGAAUAAACUGUAAAUUAAACCAAGAAUGAUUAAAACGAUGCCAAUUAAAAUCUUUUUGCAACUUUG